AUGAUCAUUUUAUUGUUAAAGGGAAACGUACCAAGCGGCAAUUGGCAAAGGUCAUCAUCCUCCACCUUGUCAUCAAGCGGCGCCACCACGCCAAUCGGCGGAGGCAGAGGAGGAGGAGGUGAGAUUUAUUCGUUGGUUUCCUCUCCCACAACCUCAAUUUCUACGAACUCCGAGGAAGAUGAAGAUAUGGCCAAUUGUUUAAUCCUUUUGGCAAAAGGUGGUGUUUCACUACCAAAAAAUGCGACGUCAGCAACAAAAGAUAGCAUUUAUAUUUAUGAAUGUAAAACUUGCAAUAGAAGUUAUCCAUCAUUUCAAGCAUUAGGAGGCUAUAGAGCAAGUAACAAGAAGCAGAAACCAUCGGAAAANGAAUGUAAAACUUGCAAUAGAAGUUUUCCAUCAUUUCAAGCAUUAGGAGGCCAUAGAGCAAGUCACAAGAAGCUGAAACCAUCGGAAAAUGAUAAAAAAGAAGCUCCGGUCUGCGCCCGGUCCGGCUAUCAAGAAGAAGGAGAGAAAUCCCACAAAAGUUUCCAUUGUUAUACUCAUAAUAAGCCUAAAAUUCAUGAGUGUUCAAUAUGUGGUUCAGAGUUUUCAUCAGGACAAGCAUUGGGAGGACAAAUGAGAAGACAUACGAACCCUAAUAGUACAAGAGUUAAUGAAUCAUCAUCCAAUGAUGGUGAAAAGCCUAGAAAUAUUCUUGCAUUGAAUCUCAACCUUCCGGCUCCGGCAGAAGACGGUCACCGGCUGGGGCCGGGGUCGAAGUUUCAAUUUUCUUCCAACCAUCAAGGUCUAGUCUUCUCCUCCAUGGCCUUGGUGGAUUGCCACUACUAG